CGUAGUUGAAAGCGCUCAGCGCGAAGCAGACGUUCCCGCGAGUCAUGUCGGAUUCGAAACUCCAGACGCCGACUUCACCCCAUGACUCGCGUUCGAAAAUUCAUCGCCUUCAGCGAAACACUACACCUCUCCGCCGACACUCUUCCGUUCAUCUCUCGCAUUCGCAGAGAGCCCUCACCUACGACCUCCAGACACUUCACCCCCACAUAGCCAGCUCGCGGCCUUGCGAGCGCUCACCGUCGUCAUGGCGAGCAACAAGAAAGAUGACAACUUGGGGCAGUACAAGUAUGCGGCCAUGUCCAACUUGGUCCUCCAAGCCGAUCGAAGAUUUGUGACGCGCCGGGGAGAUGAGAAUACUGGCGAUCCCGAAUCGCUCGCCGGACGCAUCAACUUGGGCGACAUGGGCUCAAGAACGGCCAGAGAAGCGGCGCCAGUCAAGCCGGCCGCGCAAGAGCAUGCGCGAAAGAGGCGGAAGACUGGACCCGUGCAGAACUCGCGCGCAGCCGGGGUGUUGAGUCAAGCAGACUUGAACAUUGAAGGCUUACGAUACAGGCCUCGAACAGUCGCUACGAAGGAUGUCUACGAUUUGAUCUCUACAAACGUCGCGCAGAAGAUGGGCGGCGAUUAUGGAUUGGCUAUCACCGCCUCUGCCACCGACUCCAUCUUGGAGUACCUCAAGGACGACAGUCUAAAGGACUUUGACAAGAAGAAGGAGAUUGACGACAUUCUUGGGAUCACGUUAUCGAGCAAAGAGUUCAAUCAACUCGUCAAUCUAGGUAAGAAAAUCACCGAUUAUGAUGCACAGGAUGAGGAUGAGGAAAUGGGCGAUGAGGCUGGGGAAGGCGCGGAUAUCGAUGAGCGACAAGGUGUCGCGGUGGACUUUGAGUCCGACGAAGAUGACGAGGAGGGAGGGAGGACAUUCGAGGUCAGAGAUGGAGAUGAAGAGUCAGAAGAUGAGAUUGCAAUGGGCACGGAAGAGUUAGCCGGGGACGGUAUAGCUCCACCACGAGAAGAUGCAAUUGGCGACGAGGACGAAGAUGAAGAUGAUGGCAUGGUUGUCGAGACCAAGCCGCGUCAAUCGCAGAGGGAGGAGCAUGAUCCGAAUGUUGUGCCCGCACACGAGAUCGAUGCCUUCUGGCUACAACGGCAGAUCGGACAUCUCUACGAAGAUGCUCACAUCCAGUCGGAGAAGACUCGAGAAGCAGAACAAAUCAUGUCCAGCACGGACGAGUCUGGGGAAGAGAAGCCCCUCCGAGAAGUCGAGAACGAUCUCAUGGAGCUGUUUGACUAUGAACACCCUGAGAUGGUCGGCAAGUUCACCAAGAACCGCGACAAGAUUGUGUGGGUGACACGAUGGCGUCGAGCUGCCGAGGACGAGGCUGCCCGAGUAGCCGUGGAGAAGGAAAUGGUCAAUGCAGGCCACGCCAGUAUCCUGAAGGAACUGCGUGGGCGCGACGAUGCACCCGCGAAAGGAGGUGCGCCAAAGUUGACUUUCAAAAUCGAUCCAAUGGACGUGGAUGCCUCUGCGCCAGAGGCGCCGGAAAAAGAAGCCAAGACUGGGUUGGUCGGUGGUCUGCAGCCUCGCAAAACCCUCAAUCUGGACGAUCUCAAAUUCGACCAAGGCAAUCACCUCAUGACCAAUCCAAAUGUCAAGCUUCCUCCCGGUUCGACCAAACGCGCGUUCAAGGGCUACGAAGAAAUCCAUGUACCUGCGCCGAAACGUAAACUGGAGGCCGGCGAGAAACCGAACAUGCUUACGUCGGAGCUCCCAGCCUGGGCCCAGCCCGGCUUUGGAAGUUCCAAGGAGCUGAACCGGAUCCAGACCAAGUGUUACCCCUCGGCAUUUGAAGACGACGGCAACAUGCUCAUUUGCGCCCCCACCGGAUCGGGAAAGACGAAUGUGGCGAUGCUUACCAUGCUGCGGGAGAUCGGCAAGCAUCGAAAUCCCCAGACCGGCGAGAUUGAUCUGGAUGCGUUCAAGAUUAUCUAUAUCGCACCACUGAAAGCGCUCGUGCAGGAACAAGUUGGGAACUUCGGGAAGCGUCUUGAGCCAUAUGGCAUUCAGGUCUCCGAGCUUACGGGUGACAGACAGCUCACCAAGCAACAAAUCGCUGAGACGCAAGUCAUUGUCACAACACCGGAGAAGUGGGAUGUGAUUACUCGAAAAGCAACUGACACCAGCUACACCAACCUCGUUCGAUUGAUCUGCAUUGAUGAGAUCCAUCUUCUGCACGAUGAUCGAGGGCCGGUGCUAGAGAGCAUCGUCAGCCGGACAAUCCGACGGACAGAGCAGACUGGCGACCCUGUACGCAUCGUCGGCCUGUCUGCCACUCUUCCAAACUACCGCGACGUCGCUACAUUCCUCCGGGUCGAUGUACAGACUGGACUCUUCCAUUUUGACGGCUCGUUCCGCCCUUGCCCGCUCAAGCAGGAAUUCAUCGGAGUGACGGACAAGAAGGCUAUCAAGCAGCUGAAGACGAUGAACGAUGUCUGCUACAACAAAGUGCUGGAGCAAGUUGGGCAGAACAGACAACAGAUGCUGAUCUUUGUGCACUCCCGCAAAGAGACUGCGAAGACGGCCAAGUUUAUCCGCGACAAGGCACUGGAGAUGGACACCAUUGGUCAGGUGAUGAGAGUUGACGCCGCGAGCAGAGAAAUCUUGAGAAGUGAAGCGGAAUCUGUGCAAAACACCGACCUCAAGGACGUGCUUCCGUAUGGCUUCGGUAUUCAUCACGCAGGAAUGAGCCGUGCCGAUCGUACGUCGGUGGAGGAGCUCUUCGCGGAUGGCGCGAUUCAAGUCCUGGUAUGUACUGCGACGUUGGCCUGGGGUGUGAACUUACCUGCACACACGGUCAUCAUCAAGGGCACUCAGGUCUACUCACCGGAGAAGGGCUCAUGGGUGGAGCUCAGUCCUCAAGAUGUGCUGCAGAUGCUCGGCCGCGCCGGACGACCCCAAUACGACACGUAUGGCGAGGGCAUUAUCAUCACCUCGCAGAGCGAGAUGCAAUAUUACCUGUCGCUCAUGAACCAACAGCUACCGAUUGAGAGUCAACUUGUGAGCAAGCUCGCAGACAAUCUCAAUGCCGAGAUCGUUCUUGGCAAUGUCCGCAGCAGAGACGAAGGUGUUGAGUGGCUUGGCUAUUCGUACCUCUUCGUUCGCAUGCUCCGAUCACCUGCACUGUACCAGGUCGGCGCCGACUAUGACGAAGACAAUACACUGGAGCAAAAGAGAGUCGAUCUCAUUCAUUCUGCUGCCGUUGUUCUCGAAAAGUCGAGUCUGGUCAAAUACGACAAGAAGACUGGUCGAUUUCAAUCGACUGACCUGGGCCGUGUCGCGAGUCACUACUACAUCACCCACAACAGCAUGCUGACUUACAACACGCACAUCCAAGCAUCCGUUUCGCCAAUCGAGCUCUUCCGUGUGUUUGCCCUCAGUGAUGAGUUCAAGUACAUCCCGGUACGCCAGGAUGAGAAGCUGGAGCUUGCCAAGUUGCUAGGCCGUGUCCCCAUUCCUGUCAAGGAGACGAUCGACGAGCCGCAGUGCAAGAUCAACGUCUUGCUACAAGCUUACAUUAGCCGACUCAAGCUGGACGGCCUCGCUCUCAUGGCCGACAUGGUCUACGUUACGCAAUCAGCUGGACGAAUCUUGAGAGCCAUCUUCGAAAUUGCUCUCAAGAAAGGCUGGGCUGGGGUGGCCAAGGACUCGCUGGACCUUUGCAAGACUGCAGAGCACCGCAUGUGGCCAACGAUGACGCCCCUGCGACAAUUUCCCGAAUGUAGUGCGGAGAUCAUCAAGAAGGCCGAACGAAUUGACGUGCCCUGGAGCAGCUACUUUGACCUGGACCCUCCCCGCAUGGGCGAGCUUCUCGGUAUGCAGAGGCAGGGCCGACAAGUCUGUGGCAUGGUCGCAAAGUUCCCCCGUCUGGAUAUCAGUGCUCAGGUGCAGCCAAUCACCAGGAGCAUGCUCCGGGUGGAGCUGACACUCACACCGAAGUUCGAGUGGGAUGAUCAUCUUCAUGGCAAAGCCCUGGGUUGGUGGAUCCUUGUGGAAGAUUGCGAUGGCGAGGACAUCCUGUUCCACGAUCAAUUCCUUCUUCGAAAGGAGUACGCGGUGGCGGAAACGAACGAGCACGUCGUGGAAUUCAGCGUGCCCAUUACCGAGCCCAUGCCGCCAAACUACUUCAUCACUGUCGUUAGCGAUCGCUGGAUGCACGCAGAGAGCAAGCUGGCUCUUUCCUUCCAGAAGCUUGCACUGCCAGAGAAGUUCCCGCCGCACACGCCCGUCCUGGAUCUGCAGCCCCUACCCGUUGCAGCAUUGAAGGUCCCGGAGUACGAAGCGCUCUACCCAGACUUCCGGCAGUUCAAUAAGAUCGAGACGCAGACGUUCAACGCGCUAUUCACAUCUGAUGAUAACGUGUUCAUUGGCUGUGCGACGGGCAGUGGAAAGACGCUUUGCGCGGAGUUUGCUAUCCUCAGACAUUGGAAGAGUCAAGAUAGUGGCAAGGCAGUCUACCUCGCACCGUUCCAGGAGCAGAUCGACGCCCGAUACAAGAUCUGGAAGACCAGACUUGCUGGACUGGCGGGUGGCAAGGAGAUUGUCAAGCUUGCUGGAGAAACGACAGCAGAUCUGAAACUCCUCGAACAGGGUGACCUGAUCCUUGCUACUCCUUCGCAAUGGGACAUGAUGUCGCGACAGUGGCAGCGCCGCAAGAACGUGCAGAACACCAAACUGAUCGUCGCUGAUGAUCUGCACAUGCUUGGUGGUCACGGCGGCUAUGUGUACGAAGCAAUUAUCUCGCGCUCGCAAGCCAUUGCGGUCCAGCUGGAGAAUGGGUUACGAAUCGUCGGUCUCAGCGUCUCACUGUCGAAUGCUCGAGAUAUUGGCGAGUGGAUCGGCGCGAGCAAGCACACCAUCUACAACUUCAGCCCCAAUGUCCGGCCGAUCCCGCUGAAUCUGCACCUGCAGACGUUCAACAUCCCCCAUUUCCCAUCCUUGAUGCUGGCAAUGACCAAGCCUGCAUAUCAAUCCAUCUUGCAAUAUGCGCGGGAGAAGCCUGCCAUGGUUUUUGUCCCCAGCCGCAAACAAGUGCGAGCAACAGCGCAAGAUAUGCUAGCGGCCUGCAUCGCGGACGACGAGGAAGACCGCUUCUUGCAAACCGAUGCUGAACAGCUCUCUCCAAUCCUCGAGCGUGUCAAGGAGAAGGCACUGGCGCAGUCGCUGUCUCAUGGCAUCGCUUACUUUCAUGAAGCUUUGGUGGAGUCCGACAAGCGGAUUGUCGAGAGUCUCUUCACUCAAGGUGCAGUCCAGGUGAUGCUUGUGUCCCGCGAUUGCUGUUGGGAAGUGCAGAGCACAGCGCAUCUCGUUGUGGUCAUGGGCACGCAAUACUUCGACGGCCGUGAGCAUCGCUACAUCGAUUACCCGGUCAGCGAGGUCUUGCAGAUGUUCGGCAGGGCUGGAAGACCCCGCCAGGACGAGGAUUGCCGUGGUGUACUCAUGUGCCCCGACACCAAACGCAACUACUACCGCAAGUUCCUUAGUGAGGCCUUGCCCAUCGAAAGUCAACUGCAAUCCUACAUGCACGAUGCAUUCGUCACCGAGAUCAGCACCAAGACUAUCGAAUCAACGCAGGAUGCGGUGGACUGGACGACGUACACGUACUUCUACCGACGCCUCCUGGCUAAUCCCAGCUUCUACGGCCUCACGGAUACCUCUCACGAGGGUCUGUCGGCGUACUUGUCCGAGCAAGUCGAACAGACGUUGAAGGACCUCUCGGAUGCAAAAAUCAUCGAGCUGGACGAGGAAGAGGACACCAUCACUCCCCUCAACGCCGCCAUGAUCGCCGCCUACUACAACAUCUCCUUCAUCACCAUGCAGACCCUCCUCCUGUCCCUCAAGCGCGGCACCAAACUCAAAGGCAUCCUUGAAAUCGUCACCGCCGCCACCGAAUUCGAAGACAUCCAAAUCCGGCGGCACGAAGAGCGCGUGCUGCAACGCAUCUACGACCGCAUCCCCGCCAAACUGCCCGAAGUCAACUUCGAGUCCCCGCACUUCAAGGCCUUCGUCCUCCUCCAGGCCCACUUCUCCCGCAUGCAGCUCCCCACCGACCUCGCCAAAGACCAGGAAACCAUUCUGCGCAAGGUGCUCAACCUCCUCUCCGCUUGUGUUGACGUCCUCUCCUCCGAAGGCCACCUGAACGCCAUGAGCGCCAUGGAGAUCAGCCAGAUGGUCGUGCAGGCCAUGUGGGACCGCGACUCGCCGCUCAAGCAGAUUCCGCAUUUCGGCGACGACGCUGUCGCUGCGUGCCAUGCGGCGGGCGUCAAGGACGUCUUUGAAUUCAUGGAAGCCAUGGAUCCCAGCGAGAACGCGAAUUACAACAAGCUGGUGCAAGGGAUGGGACUGAGCAAUGCGCAGCUCGGCGACGCCGCGCGCUUCACCAACGAACGAUAUCCCAACGUCGAGCUGGAGUUUGAACUCGAGGAGCCAGACGAGGUCGUGGCGGGCGCGCCCAGCUACGUCUCCGUGCGCAUCGAGCGUGAAGUAGAGGAAGACGAGGAGCCGAAUCUGACGGUCCACGCGCCCUUUUACCCGGCGGAGAAGACGGAGAAUUGGUGGUUGGUGGUUGGAGAGGAGAAGACGAAAACGCUGCUCGCCAUCAAGCGGGUGACGAUUGCGCGGGCGUUGAAGACGCGCUUGGAAAUUGUCGUGCCGACGGCGGGGAAGCAUGAGUUGACGCUGUUCUUGAUGAGUGAUUCGUAUGUUGGCGUGGAUCAGGCGCCGACGUUUGAGGUUGUGGCUGCGGAGGGGAUGGAUGAGGAUGAGGAGGACGAAGAGGAGGAGGAGUAAGGAGGGAAGGAGUUUUACGUGUGUGCUGGGAUAGCGGCGAUGGAUCAUGCCGUAACACAGGCACGAAAAGGAGUGGGUAUCUUUGAAUUAGAAGAGAGUACUUU